AUGUCAAACGACGACGACUACAUGGCCUUCUUGAACAAGGCUAACCAAGACACUGGCGCAAGCGCCUCUACUCAAGAGAAGACUGUUUUCAAAGCGAAGGACGCUGGUGUUGAGGUGCCAAAGGCUAUCAGCAACGUAUGCAAAAAGGCCAUCUACACAUCCGACGCAGACGAGCCCUUUGAGGAGGUAUCUCUCAAGUGGCAGGGCAAGAAUGGUCUACCAACAGAGACCGAAUUCGCUGAGCUCAUCAAUCACUCCUCUCCCAGCUCAGCAGAUAUCCAGAUCCUCGACCCUUUGAGCUGGGACUCUCACGGCAAGUACACCGACGUCAUUGAAGCUGUCCGCGAAGCCUCUCAGGGAAACGACGUGCGAGUCUACCAGGUAUCGAGAGAUUCUACGAGAACCGAGUAUUGGGUUGUUUCUCACGCUGAUGGGAAGCUCAUUGGUGCUAAGGCCCUGUCUAUUGAGAGCUGA